AUGCCUCUUGAGGAUGCGGCGUUUGGUCGGCACUUCGUGCCUGAUGACGGCCCUGCUGCUGAGGUCUUGGCUCGCAAACGCGCCGCCACCUAUCAGCGCCUCACUAUGCAGCUGACGCUGGAAGCGCUCUUGUCUGGUGCGAGGCGCAUGACGCCCUUGCGGGCGCAAGCACUUCUCGAGCCAGAGGACAGCUCCUCCUCGGACUUUGUCGAGUCGCCCGCGGAGUCUUCGCCGGAGGUCUCCGACUCCGAUGGGGGACACCCUUCGAGUGGCGCCGACGAUCGGCGCGGAGCUGGCGAGGCGUCUCCGUCCCUCACUGUGACGUCGGAAGAUAAAAAGUGCCUCAAGCAAAACAAAGCAGGAACAAGCUGA